AUGAAAUGGCUGGUUUCUGUGUGUUUAGUGUUUGGGCUAUUUGCGGAGGGCAACGUGCUCAAAACAAUACUAACAAGCGGCACUAUGAGAUUUGAUGUAGAGCCAAUAAAGGCUGCCGAGAUCGAUAGCACGAGGCUUGCAGACUAUCGGCAGUGUAUUCGGUGGCAAUUGGGCGGCCCGGGAACUAUGCUAUUUGUACAACUCGAGAGGCAAGAUAUUCCUAAAUACGAUAUUGACGCUAAUCGGUUCGGGCCUACUUCUGUGCAAUUGGGGCGUCAGAAGCUCCAAUUACUGAUUUUGGACACCAAGGGCACCACGCUUCUCGCCGAUAAUAAUGUGCCGAGUACCGGCCGCACCCUCAGCUUCUCCAUCAACAAUUUGAGCGUAGUGGACGUGUGCUUAAUUAAUAUUUCUUACGAUUCAUCUUGGAAGGCUAUUGACAUGCGCAGCAUUAUCGCGUUAUCUGUGUACUCCACUAAUCAGGUUGCAGCGUCAGGAAUUCCACAAAUAUCCGAGACACAUGUUGAAAUUUUGAGCCAUGCUGUUGAAAAUACCAAUGAAUUCUCAGACGUUCGUAACGGGCAAUAUUUAGCAGAUUCUGAGGCAAGAAAGAGAAACCUAAACGAGUCAACAUACUCUUGGUUAUUGUGCAACACUAUCGUACUAGGGUUAAGCAUGUUCUACUGUUACUGCCUAGCUGUGCCGUAUUACUUAAUAAAAUCUUCAAGAGAGUACGACCGGCGAUUGAAAUCAAUGCACUAG